AUGUUGCCAGAUGUUUUGCAUUCAAAUGUUUUGCUUCAUUUCAUUGGGGUAAAGAUGGAGAAUAAUCUUAGCCGAAGCGGCAGCCGAUCGAGCUCCGUAUGUGAGCUGGAAAAAGAUUUUAACGAUAUGGAAAUUAUAAAAUCUAGGACGAACCGACGCAACGUAUUGCUGCGAACGCCAGCCGCGCGGAAAGCUAAACGAGUCAGAUUUUUUAGAAAUGGUGAUAAAUUCUAUUCGGGUGUAAUUAUUCCAGUCUUGCCAGAAAGAUACAGAUCUUUUGAUAGUCUCACAGCAGAUUUAACAAGGGCUUUAGUUGAUAAUGUAACUCUGCCUAGUGGUGUAAGAACAAUAUAUUCACUUGAGGGUAGAAAAAUAGGCAAAUUGGAUGAUCUAGAAGAUGGCCAAUCUUAUGUCUGUAGUGGAUUUGGUGAGCCUUUCAAGCGACUAGAUUAUGAAGCCAGUGCAGUUACACCUCAAUCAUUCAGACUUAGUGGUCCAGAGUCUUUGAGUGAUAGUUCAAGUCCAUCCCCAGCGAGAGCAAAUAACAGAUUGUCACGAUAUUUGCAGGCAAAUGGUAGUAGUACUCCUGGUAAUGGAACAGCAAGAGUCAGUCCUGCCGGGGAUAAUGUAGUCCGACCACGCAUUGUUACUAUUAUCCGAAAUGGAGUCAAACCAAGAAAGGUCUGCAGAUUAUUACUUAAUAAACGCAAUAGCCCCACACUGGAGCAUGCGUUGGCUGCUAUCACAGAGUGUGUUAAAUUAGAUACAGGCUGUGUUCGUAAAGUUUUCACUAGAACAGGCAGUGCCGUCACAGCUUUAUAUCAGUUCUUUGAUGCGGAAGACGUAUUCUUUGCUUAUGGGAAUGAAAGGGUCAACCAAGAAGAUUUUGAAUUAGAAUUUGAAGAAAAUAAAGCUGUACUGCAAUGCAGAAAAACCCCUAUAUCUAGAAAUUCAAGGAGUGGUCCCAAACCUCGAAUGCCGGUAAAAGCAGGCGGUGGAGCAGCACGAGCAGCCAGUGAGGCGGGAGCGGGCGCUGCUGGAGAUAACGCAGAUGAAAACAGCGGGCCACUGUUACCACAACCAUUGCGCCUAAAGUACAGCGUCGGUAGAAUCAUUGGUGACGGUAACUUCGCUGUCGUAAGAAUAUGUAAAGAUAAGACUACGGCAAAGGAGUAUGCCCUCAAAAUUAUUGACAAAGCCAAAUGCAAAGGAAAAGAACAUUAUGUGGAAGCAGAGGUCCGAGUAAUGAGAAAGUUAUGCCAUCCACGAAUUGUAUCACUCAUCGAGGAACAAGACAGUCCUGAGUGGCUCUUCCUUAUUAUGGAAUUAGUCAGUGGUGGAGACUUGUUUGAUAGUAUUGCGGCCGCUUCCAAAUUCUCUGAGCCCCAAGCGCGUUUGCUAAUCGGCCACUUAACAUCCGCUAUCGCAUAUCUACACUCGCUUUCUAUAGUGCAUCGUGACAUCAAACCCGAAAAUUUAUUGGUGGAGGUAGGUUCAGAUGGCAGUAUACGCGGGUUAAAGCUGGCUGACUUUGGACUAGCGGUGGAAGUCUGGAGACCCCUUCACGCCGUUUGUGGUACGCCCACUUACGUUGCGCCCGAAAUACUGCUAGAAACUGGAUAUGGCUUAAAGAUCGACGUAUGGGCUGCAGGAGUUAUUCUAUACAUCUUACUAUGCGGAUUCCCGCCGUUCUCCUCCCCGGACGGUGACCAAGAGAAACUCUUUGAUGCUAUAUUAUCAGCUAGACUGGAAUUCCCCGCCCCACACUGGGAGCGAGUAUCGGCGGGUGCUAUUGACCUAGUCGCCAACAUGCUGCGCCCGCAACCCGAACUACGUUUUGCUGCAGAGGAUGUGCUCGACCACGCCUGGAUGGCGGAUGACUAUGACGAAAGCUGCGACUUUCGCACAUGGUACGACGAGGACUCGUCAUAG